AUGCUUCCGCCCCCGUCAGCGCAGCAUAACGCGAUGCUCUGCGUCGUAUGCGGCCAAGACGUGGACCCGCGCGCGCCCGCCUUCCUCAUCGAGUGCCAUUUCUGCGGCCGCUGGCUGCACGGCACCUGCGUUCAAGUGAGCGAGCAGGACGCGCUGCUCGUCGCCAAGUUUGCCUGCACCAAGUGCCAGCAACACGGCCACGAAGGCGUCAAAUACCAACCCGUCAAUAAUGAUCCGUUCGACGCCGACGCUGUGACCUUUUCGCCUCUACCUGUCCAUUUAGGCGGCUACGCUUCUUCUUCAUCUCCUGUGCAGCUUCGACACAAGAAAAGCUCACCAAGUUUCCGUCGAGUACUGGGUGCAGCCAUUUACGCUCGAUCCGGGGUGCAUUUAGUCCCAUGUCAAGAUUUCCAGCCUUCUUUUCUGCAACGGAACGCUCUGGAGGAGCCUGUGCUCAUCGCCGCCAACAGCCAUCGAGCUGCUGGGCUUGACGUGCCGUUUCCAGUGCUCGACGCAACUUCCACUGCCGACUUAUUGACAAGCAACCGAGUGGUGCGGACUAUUGACGUGGCAACUCAAACGAGGCAACAGUUGACUGCAUCUGCGUGGCAAACAAAGGCAAACCAGGAGAAUACUGCACAACUGGCAAAUGCCGAGUUCCAGUUGCAACAAACGCCCAUGCAAAUGAAAGUUGCAGCUCCAUUAGCUGUAACGCAAGUGGAUUGGAGCGGGCUAGUAGUGUCUAACAACGAGAACUCGAGCGGAAAUGCAGUCAACACUAACGUGUUUGGUGCAUUCCUCGCGUCGAACGCGUAUCUUGAUUUCGCUAUAGCUCCUGGAGGCCAGUGCACGUGGCUGUCGGUGUCUUCAGGUGAGCUGUGGGUGUAUUUGAUCCCACCAACCUCGAACAAUUUUGAAGCAUAUCGAGAUUGGAAAAAUGAUCCAGACUUUGCCACUGCGUUUUUGGCUGAGCGAGUGGACAAGUGCAUCAAGUGUGUGGUGAGUACAGGCAGCACGUUGCUGGUACCGGCUGGGUGGAUGUUUGCACGCUUCGCUGGUGGAGUACAGAGCUGCUCGCUGUUUCACGGUUUUUUUGCGUGCACUUCAGCGAUGGACGCACAACUGAGUGUUGUGUUGCUAGAGAUGCAACAUGAUGCACUGGCGCAGUACUGGAGCGAGACCACUGCUGGUUGGCUUAGUGUGGAUGCCAAUGUGCAGCUCUGGACAGCAGUGUGUUACUAUGUUCGACAGCUGCUUAUGAUCAACAAUGGCAUGAACGCUCAAGUGAGCGACUUGGACCGUCGUGCAUUGCAGAGAGCGUUGCCACGACUGAGAGAGUGGAGUGCGUUGCCUGCGUCACUCAAGUCAGUGAGUGGGAUCACGUGGACCCCCAGCUCUCAGCGAGAAGCCCAAGCAAUCGUAGGUCGAUUGGAACAAGCACUUGCAGCCACGUGUCUACCGACUCACAGUCUUGAUGACUUGCAACCGACUUCAGGGCUAGGAAAUGACAGCAAACUGCCCCCAAUUUCGCCUAAUGAGGCGACUUACAUCUACUCCGCUGCGUCAGUACCGGACUCGAUGAGUGGGUCUCCAUGGGUAGCAACAAGCACUGGCUUCGACAGCACCAAUGCGCCGAUGGGGACAAUGUGGUCAAACUUUGAUCCUACACACCACCACCACCAACAGGAUCAUUUAGUGAUAUCAACGCAGAACCAGCCGUACUCUAACAGUGAUCCAAGCUUCCAGCAGCACUCACCCAAUCAGAAUUUGCCAGGGUAUGGUAGUUCAGACUACGGAUAUUUGCCUGGAAUGGCGGGCAGUGAGAGAUACAUAGAGGCAGGGUCGCACGAUCUUGGCUUAGAGGGACUCAGUUCUAUCGCUGCUUCGGGACAGUUAGGUGCGCCUAUGGCUACCAGUUUCCAGCAACCUCGGGUGGACAGUAAUGGCAACUACGUCGACAUGUUGAUGCGUCAUCGAGCGUCAUGUCAUCGAUGUGGCAAUCUGCGCAAGAAGAACGUGCGGUGUCCGGUAUGUCCCCACAUUUUCUGUGCCAAAUGCGCCGAGAAGAUGGUAGAAGAGCACGGAGAGCACAUCUUUGAGGGCGGCUGCCCUGUGUGCAAGGAGUUGUGCUGCUGCGGCAAGAACCGAACGACACGCUGUACGCGCAAGUUCCACUGCUACAAGAAGUGUCCGUCCACCAAGCGACCAGCGUCGGGCUCGAAUUAG